GGAUAUAUUAACAGUAGUAUGGUAAAUCAUAUACAAAUACUUCCAAAUCAUAUCAAACAUUGAAACUUUCCAAACACAUUUUAUACACCGUUGAAAAAGUCCUAUUUCCCUAUGCGACAUUACGUCAGAUCCGCUUACUCGAUGCCGAGUUGAACGCCGCAGAGUAAUGGCGGUGAGCCGGGGGUCUUCGUCGAAAUGGUUUUUCACCCGGGACCAACUCGAAAAUACGCCGUCCCGCCGAUGUGGAGUCGAACCAGACCGGGAACUCUCCUACCGACAGCAAGCAGCAAAUCUGAUUCAAGACAUGGGCCAGAGGCUCAACGUCUCUCAAUUAACAAUAAAUACCGCAAUUGUUUACAUGCAUAGAUUUUAUAUGCACAAUUCUUUCACCAAAUUCCAUAGGAAUAUAAUCUCUCCAACCACCUUGUUUUUGGCUGCAAAAGUGGAAGAGCAACCCCGGAAACUGGAGCAUGUGAUCAAAGUUGCACAUGCUUGCCUAAAUCCACAAGAGUCUCCUCUAGACACAAAAAGUAAUGCAUACCUCCAGCAAGCCCAAGAGCUGGUGAUACUUGAAUCCAUAGUGCUGCAGACCCUGGGCUUUGAAAUUACUAUUGAUCACCCACACACAGAUGUGGUGAAAUGUUCCCAGCUAGUGCGAGCAAGCAAGGAUCUGGCACAGACUUCCUAUUUCAUGGCUACCAACAGUCUACACCUCACUACCUUCUGCCUCCAACACAAGCCAACAGUGAUUGCCUGUGUCUGCAUACAUUUGGCCUGUAAAUGGUCAAACUGGGAAAUUCCAGUUUCUACUGAUGGGAAACAUUGGUGGGAAUAUGUGGACAGCUCUGUCACUCUGGAGCUUCUUGAUGAGUUGACCCAUGAGUUUCUGCAGAUUCUGGAGAAGACUCCUAGUCGGUUGAAGAGGAUACGCAACUGGAGGGCAACACAAGCUGCCAAAAAACCCAAGACAGAGAACGCCCAGAUGACGGACAACUCAUUUGCUGGGCCAUCAAUGCUCCAUGAUCAAGGCGAUGCUUCAAUUUCCGGAAUCGCUUCUUCCAACUCAAGUUUUUCCAAAGCAGGUGCUGCCUUCUCUGUGUCCAUGCCUGGCCAUUCCAGAGGAACAACUCUUUCUCUGGACCCCAUGGCACCCACAUUUAAUCCAGCUAGCCACAGUCAAUGGCCAGAAAACAACCAGAGCCAAACAGGGUACACCUGUGUAAAGCAGGAACCGGUCAGUAUCCCUCUCCAAGAAAGCUUGCUUUCUUUGCCAACACCGACUUCUUCUUUGCUUCAGCAUCCAACAGCUUACAGGACUGAAAAAAUGGUAGACAUCAACCUUGUCAAACAAGAAAAUAAAGGAGCUGGUGGAAGUGGAAUGGUGAAGCAUCAGCCACCUCCUCAGCCUGCCUACCCUCCACCAGCACAGCCUCUUCCACCACAACCUUCUCCAGCUCAAAAGCUUUCUCUUGAUAAAUACAGAGAGAAACACUCUGCAGACUUGACUCUUCCUGUGCAGAAACGUAGGCAGGAGCAACAUGGUGGGGUAAUGGACUGUGACUUGAGAGGGGACAUCACAUCCUCUUCUACCUAUGCACCAUCUGCCAUUGGCCAAGUAGAUUAUCGAAAACAUGCACAGCCUCACCAAAUCUCCUACGGAGGUGAAAGCACCACAACCUCUCCAGUGAAAAUGAAAGGCCCUACUUCCUCAGCCUCAGGACUAGAUAGACGUCAUAAUGCUGACAAACGGGACAAAGGCUCUCUAAAGUUUCGUCUGGCAGUUCCUGGUUCCACUUCACAGUUAGAAAAAAUUGGACAACCAAGCAAAGACGAGCUUAAGAUGAAGAUAAAAGUUUCAUCUUCCGAGCGUCAUAGCUCCUCCGAUGAAGGCAUGUCUACGAACAACAACAAAAGUAAACAUUCCAUCCCACUGGUGAGCAAGGAGAAGCAACACCGUGGAGCGGAGCACAACCCCCAUCGUCCCCAUAAACACAGUCACCCCCACACAUACAGUGGAAACGGUCGAGGGGGCGCAGAGGGCCCAGGGGCAGUAGGCCUACUGCGCGGUCCUCCUGGACAGGUCAUCAUGGACGGAACAACAAUUGGUCAUCUUGCAUCCACCUCUUUGACUUCAUCCUCAUCGCGCAAGAGGGCGUUCCCUGAGGCCGGCCACAACCACCACCCCUCAUCCUCCUCAAGCUCCAAAGUGAGCAAAAUCUCCAAAGGUGGCACUGGUGCUGCAGGUGUGCUGCGGACCUCUCAGCCGUUCCCUUCUAGUGAAUCGGCACAAGAAGUGGGAGAGCAGAGACAUUGAGUCCUCCACUCUGCAGCCAUGGCCAGGACAUGGAACGGCAACAAACUACCCCCAGCUCAGACUUUGACUUUGCUCACCUCCUUGUCAAGUGCCCUAGGAAAAUAAUUAUUUGACGAUAAACCCUUUACUGAAAGGAAGGAAAACUUAUCUGCAAAAAAGAAAAAAAAAGUAUUGUUGGACUUCUCAAUUUCUGCAACAAGAGAGAUAAGUAAUUAUGCUUCCUGAUUGUCAAAUUUCUGGGCUAUGAUACUCAGUGUGGUCUGUUUGUCAAAUUGCUGCUUGGUUAUUCUUUCUCCUCAUAUGGGCUUAGCAAAGUACAAAUGUGGAUGUGUGUGAGGCUUCUCAAUCAAGGGGAAUCGUCCCUUCCUUACGUUGGAUCUCUACAUGGGAUAACGAGUAUUACAAGUUCAUAAAAGCAUGGAUGGUGCACUUUGUUCAUUUUCACUUUUUUUUUAAACAAGUAAUUUAAUUGAAUCACUUUUCAGUGAUUGUAUGGAGGAAGCUGGUGGCGAACUGGAGAUGAGUUAUGUUUAUGUUUGCUGGCAUUCCAUUUAAACUGUUGAUGGAUGCAGUUUUUUUUUUGUAAAGUUUCAUCUCCCAAAUUACUUUCUUGUCUUGGGUUUCUUUUUUACACUUAAAUACUGUGCAUUUGAUUUACAUAUUUCAAUCAUCAAAGGGAUUUAAAAGGAGAGCGCUAACUUGCUGUUUACAGAAAAAAGGAGAUAAAAGUAUAUACAUUUUUGUAUGUUUAAAGAAAAAGCUAUACCAUGACUACUCAGGUUUGGAGCUGCUUGUAUCUAUAACAAGAUAACUAUUAAUUCCUUUUAUUUUGGUCUUGGGUGGGUAUGGCAUAAGGUGAUCGAUUGCAGAAUUUUAGUGGUUUGUGCUUCUUAUAGACUUGUUGUAAAUGGUGAUGGAUUGUCAUUUCCACCACUAGAGAUAACGGUUAAUUUCCCUGCAACUGACACAUUCAAAACACACUUUUCACAGUUAUCAGAUUGAUACAGUUUGUACCAAAAACCACUUUUGAUGUCUAAGUAGAUCUUGAGCUGAAUGCCAAAGGUUGGUCUUCAAUAUGAAAAAAAAAAAAAAGAAUGGUUGAAGUGGGCUAUUAAAGUUUACAUAUCCUUCUUCACUUCUAGGUAUAUCAGACAUCACUCUAAUUUAUGCUGUAGUCUCAGCCCUUCAAAAAGACAUUGGUCUUAAUUCAUUAAAUCAUUAACAUUGAUUGAAAGGGGAACAAACAUGUCCUUUUCCCAUCUUGAUGAGCAUUUUCAAAGUAGAAAACUGAUGAGGCCUAUGCAAGCCCACACCCCCAUGCAUCUGUCAGGACAUGGCUUUACCAUCACUUUCAUCAUAUGUUCUAAUAUGACCCAAUUUUCUAUGUUCUGUAGUUGUGUUAGUGUGCUAAGAAAUUUAACAAGGGACCAGCUGGAUUGUUUGAAUCACAUAUAGGCACAGAACAUCUGCAAUUGUAGAGAAAUUAACGUAAGCCACAUCCUACCAGUUAACAUUUCAAUAACACAAAUAAACUUCAGAAUUGCCACAACACUGAAAUUGUAUAUCUUGUCAUUUUAUUUAAUAUACUGUAAUUACCCUCCAUGUUAUGGUAGGACUGAACUGAUUUUAUCCAUAGCUAUAUCUAGUCAGUGGCUUCUAAUCAAAACUUGUUUGAAAAGGAUUUUUUUUUUGUAGGGCUAAUUGCAAAGUGACUAUGAUUCAUGGAAGACUAUGCUGCUCACAGUCUUUUUGUUAGACUGAACUAAACUUCAUCAUUAAGGUAUAUGUUAACAUUGCAUUACUAAAUGUACGUUACUGAGCAUAUCCAUUACAAUCUGUCACUCAAUUCUAAAUGUUCACAUCAUUUAUGGUGUAUUGUACAAUUUGAAGGGAGUAAAAAUUUUCUUUCAAAUUUAAUAUUAAUCAUGUCAACACAUUCUCCUCACUCUUGAUAUAGUACUCUUGACAUGCAUGUUCGGAUCAUACUAUUCCCUGUUGGGUUACAAAAAAGAAGGCUUAGAAGAAGCAACAUAAUUUAAAUAAUUAAAUUUCCUGUUCAAUUUAUGAACAUCUUUUGGCUCAAAAUGUACAGCCUUUUCUGGUUCUAAUGAAACGUCUUAAAGUAGAUUUCCUUAGUUCAUGUUUGUUUUUUUCAGGAUGAAUGAAUGCUUCAGCAGCUGGUUAGCAGUUGGCAGUUGUAUCUGGUCUCGAGUCGAGAGAAAAUGA